UCUGUCCUGGGUUCCAGUUGUCUUACCUGUAAAGUGGGCCAUGGUCUCUGCCCUUCAUGUCUAAAGUUGUCAUAACCACAGCACAGGCAAGUCUCACUCCUGGCCCUCUGCCACAUAGCCUAGUGAGCCCACCCAUCUGGAUUUUGUCAUCUGUAAUAUGGGAAUAAAGACCUCAGCCUAGGGACUGGUGGGACCUGGUCAGGCACAUUAACAACCCUCACAUCUGGGGCCUGGAGGUGUUCAGAUGUAGGUGGAUGGCGGGGUAGGAAGGAACACCCCACCUAGUGUAAAAUACCUGUCCUCAAUUUUGACUGACCUUUAGGAGCUCCUGGGUCCCAUCCAAGACUGAUGUCUGUCAGGUGAGGGCUUGUAGUGCCCUGACAAGGCCAUGCUUCUAUUUGUCGGGGUGAUUGGGGCUUCCUGUAGGUGACAACCCAGGCCUAGACAGUGAUGCCUGAGAACAGCUGAAUGCCUGAGAACAGCUGAGACCUGGAGUGCCAGCUAAAGGCUGUCACUACAGGCCUCAGUUGGGUUUCAUUUUUGUCAGUUGCCCCCUCCUCCCUAAGGCCAGGCCACCACCAUCUUUCUGGUCUACCCUGUGUCCACUCCUGGAGGAGGAAGCUUCCUGAAGCUCAAACUAGGCAGUGUAUGUCCAGCUCCCAGGCCUUCUCUGUACUUAAUAGGAACCCUCCCACCCCCCACCCCUGACCUCAGCCCUGCACCAGACUCCCACCUCAGGGCCUUUUGCACAGCCCCCCCCCCCCUUCAGAGCAGUUCACACAGAACCUGUGGGUGCCAGUGACUUGAAUUCUCCAGUGUCAGAACCUGCGUUCAAAUCUCACUCUUGUCACAACCUUGUGGCAUUAGAUGAUGGCUAUCACUUAUUGGAUUCAAUUUUCUUUAUCUUAGUGGGGAUGGGAUGUGAAGAAGUGAAGUCGGGUUUUGACAUAGCUGCAUAGAAACAAGCUGAAGGACAGCCUUGCUGUAUACAGAGCCGUACAUUUAAGGUCGAAAACGUUAAGGCAGGCGCUGGUCGGGAACAAUCACAGGGUUGCGGGUGGGCGGAGGGUGUCAGGCCCCCAGUCUUCGCUCCCCAUUCUUCCCCCGGGGUCUCCAGGUUAGCUGGCCGCCACAAGCUGGCUCCAGAGGCCUCCGGGCCUGCAGGGGGCGCCAGGCGCAGCGGAGCAACCUGCUCCCGGGCGGGACCAGAGCUGCGCAGUCAUGAUCAUCACUGAGGCCGCGACGGAGUCCGCUGUCCCCGCGGUGCCCGGUGAUGUGGAAGCCACUGGAGCCCCGGAGCGCGAGCAGCUGGUGUGGCCCUGGAAAGAUGCCGCGAUACGGGCGCUGGUGCAGCGCAUCCACCAGUUGCAGGCUGAGCGCGCGCAGGCCUUCCGCCGGCUGGAUGAGGGACACUUGGAGGGCUUUCAGGUGGUCGAUGCGGGUGCAGGGCCUGAGAGCCGGGGCCGUAGCCUCAGGAUCCCCGCCUGCCGUAGAGGCCACCGACAGUACCUGAGCAGCGGCCCGCCCUACGACUUUCCGCGCUACCGGAGCACAGUACACGAGGUGACCCAGGCCUUCGCCGCCGCCUCGCGGGAGGUGCUGGCGGUGGAGGCCGAGCUAGCCGGACCCCGAGCGCAGCCGCUGCUUGCGAGCCACGUGCGCAGGCUGCAGCAGCUGGAGGAGACGCGCCUGGCCACGGUGGCCCUGCUGCAGCUGAUGGGGACACCAGAGCUGACUGGGCAGGACAACCUGCAGAUGCACCGGCUGAAGAUGAAGGUAAUUAAAACCAUGGAAGCGAUCAGCGAUGUUCUCCAGGAUCUCAGGUUUGAUGCAGAAUCUGCCGAGUGAUGGUGGCUCCCCAGGGACAAGCCAAAGGAGAUGGGAAAUGGGGCAUGCAGCGCUCUGUCCUGACUGCCAGCUGGCUGGGGUCAUGCCCCACCGGACCACUGACCCUCUUCAAGUUCGCCUCACCUCUCAUAAUAAAGAACCUAAAGAACCUUU